AUGACACUUCCAAAGACUCGUAUCAAUGCCAUAAACCUUGUGGCAAGAGCUUUUGAAAAAUGGGUUGCAAAUAUGCAUUUUAGAUUUUUGAGGAUUGACAGCUAUGGAGAUGCUAAUAUCACUAUUAGCUUCGAACAUUGUGAUCAUAAUGAUGGAGCCCCUUUCGAAGGCCUUGGUGGAACCUUAGCUCAUGCUUUCCCACCAACUGAUGAGAGAUUCCUCUAUGAUGUAGAAGAACAAUGGUCUAUAAGUGUUACCCCAGGCAGCUUUCACUUGGAGAUUGCUGCAUUGCAUGAAAUUGAACACUUUCAUGGUUUGGAGCACGGCUCGGUGUUGAAUGCAAUUAUAUACCCAUACAUCAAGUUUGCAAUAUCCAAGGGUUUCGAUUGA